UAUACUUGGAAGGACGGACUUGAGUUCUUUUAUGUCUUCUAAGAGUUCGGAGGCCCAUGGGGGUAUACCGGGUUGUGGGGAGGGGUUCUGGGGCGGGGGUAGACUGUACUGUGACAUCGGCGAAGAUAGGUAGCCCGCUGAAUAAUGCUGGGGGUUCUGGGGGGUCUGCAUGCCGUACAUGGGCUGGGCGGUGGGCUGGGCAGCAUAACUCAUAUUUGUAUUCGUAGUACUGCUGUUCAUGUCAACGUUCGUAUUCCCAGUUAAUGUUAUAUAUAGUGUGUUAUAUUUUCUUCUAUAAACUUUCUUUUUUCUUCAUUCAAAAACAAUAUGUUCAAUGGUUUGUCAUUACUGUUCUUUGACGCUUUUGUCUGAUGUAGGGUAUUAAGAAUGUGAAGCCUAAGUUCUUAAAGUAAACAGCAAUUAAUCGACCAUAUUAUACACACGUAUUAAGGCAGUGUCCUACUUAUGCUGGUAAGGUCGCUGCACAAUGGGUCGACUUGUCUUGAUAGAAGUGCACUUGUGCUAAAGUACAGUAUUUAUAUCCGUUUAUAAGAAUGAAUGAUAAUAGGACAUGCGCAUUGAAACCGGUGUUAUUUUGUACUGUGAGUGUGUAUGUGCAGAAUCAGCGAAGUCAAAGUUUUUGUGGGAUUUAGUCAGACUUUACAUAAAAGAGGUGUAACGUCAUUUCCUAGUCAGCAUGGUGAUAGGAACAACUUUCCAGUUUCCGAGCAAUAUGUCCGGGAAAAACAAGAAAAAGGAAAAGUAUGGGUCGGGCAACAAUGAGCACAUUCUAUGUCGCGUCUGCGGGGACAAAUCAUCAGGGUUUCACUAUGGGGUGUUCAGUUGUGAAGGGUGUAAGGGCUUUUUCCGCCGAACGGUUCGUCAGAAAAUGGAAUAUAAAGCAUGUGAGAACCCGAAAGGAUGCCUUAUCAUGCGAAUCAGCAGGAACCGGUGCCAGUACUGCAGACUACAGAAAUGUAUAGCCGUCGGAAUGUCGCAUGAAGCUGUGCGACUGGGCAGGUGCCCGAAAAAGGAUCGACCAGCGAAGGCCAGCUUCAUGUACAUGCCUCAGGAUUCCACGAAUGAACUUGACCGUCAAGUUCGUACCGAGCAAAUGGUGCUUACCGUACACGCUGCGUACCGAAAAGCGUGUGAAGAUUUUGACGACUUUUCAGCGCUAUUUCAACAAAAUCAGAUUUUCAUAGAGGAAAAAGAGGACGCCAAACAUCUCUACUUCCGGUAUCUACCAGGGACAGUUCGAUUCAUCACCGCAUUCGCUAAAGACAUUCCACUUUUUAAGAACCUCACACAGAGCGAUCAGAGACUGCUCAUAAAAAGCGGCCUACUCGAGAUUUCAGCUAUCAGUGACUCCACCCACAUAGAAAUUGACGGUAGCUCGCUUGUGAACAGGAAACUCAAUAUUGUAAUUGAAAAGGACCGACUCGAGAAUAUUGGACUUCUUGGAUCUCUGUUCAAAGACCUUGAAGUUGUGAUAAGGAGACUUCGUUCACUGACUCUCUCCGACGUGGAGCUGUCUCUGUUGUCAGCCAUUGUGCUGUUUUGUCCAGAUCGUGAAGGUUUAGCGCACAGCGUUGCCCUGGAAACAAUGGAGACGGACUUGUGUUUGGCACUGAAGUGUCAGCUUAUUUUGAGCCAUGGUGACGGUACACUCAUGUUCGCUAAAUCAGUGGAGGUCCUCACCGAACUGCGACACCUAGCUACGUUAUUUCAAGAUGAUAUUCUCAACUCCCAAGUAGAAAUUGAUGGCAGUGAUGUGCCUGCUAGCUGAUGACAAGUUACAGACGCCACAUAGCGGUUACUUUCCAUUUCUGUACAGUAAUCACUGCCGUCACAUAAGUCACGUGAUCAUUUUCAAUAUCACGUGACGUCAUUAAAAAAAGUGUGUUUUUUUCUUCCAUUUGAUAUGAUUUGUUUAUCUGUUUAAACUUAAACGUUUUUUAAUGGAACUGGAAUUUAAUAGUGCAUUAAUACGUGUUAAAAACAGUCACUCAACUGAGAUAUUUAGGUGGAUUUAGUGUUGCUUGUCAAGGGAGAUCACUGCGUAGGAGAUCACUUUAACAUAAACAAAUCUUAAUCAAAGGGAAGAAACUCAGAAAAGAAAUCUGGCUUAAUAUUGGAUUGGGUAACGGGGAUUAAUUAUUUGAUCAUCUCAUUGCAUAUUUACAUUUUAUAUUCAUUGUCAGCAGUAACGAUGUUUACUUAUAAGCCACUGGUUACAGUAUCGGUCAGCAGAGGGUACAUAUAUUAUAAGCAUGAUUAUAUACAUACAUGUUGUCAACAUUUUUAACCGAUACUGUCACCUAUGGCUAAUGCACACAAUAAAUGGUAGCAUUCUUGUAGUUUAAUCUGGGGUAAAAGGCAAAAUGAAACAUACAUUGAUUGACUUGUAAGCCACGGCAGUUCCAUGGCUGAUGUUAUGCUGUUUUUCUUCAAUCUAAUAGAUGAUAUGUAAGAAACAUGAAUGAUACUUUUUAAAUUUCUAUAGACGAAAUCGUUUUUCUUUAGAUAGUAAGCUGUUAUAAGUGUGAAAGUUUUUUUUAUGAAAUUAAUAUGGAUGCUUGUAUUAAUACUAUGUGUUAAAACAUUUAAAAUGUUUUAUGUAUCGUUCAUCUGCUGACAUUAUGUACUAAGUACAGGACAUUGAAUUCAGGUAUGCUGAUUAAGUAUGUUAUAAAAGGCAUAUAAGUAUCUAUUUAUAUAGUUGUUAAUAUAUAUUAUGCCGAAUGUUGUUUUAUUUGAAGUAAUAAAUAUUUCC